UUAAAGUGCGUCCUUUAAAGAUACAAAUAUAAACAUGUUUACUUGUUACGACUAGCGGUUUAUGUUGAAUGUUCCAGUAUUUUCUCUCCCUAUUUCUAUGCGUCGAUUAAAUUUGUGGCAAAUUCUUAUUGACAGGUUAGCAUUGAAAGAUUACUUCUUCACUCACUUUGAACCUGUUCCACCCAGCAAUACACGAGCUAGCGUCUUGCAACGGAAGGAUAAUUAGAUUGCUGAUGUACUACAGGAAUCGCCAUCCUUCCCACGGCGGUUUUCCGUCCGAAGUGGAGAACAUGUUUUUCCAUCCACAAUUAUUCAACAUCAGCUAACGCGGAAAGAAUAAAAAAUAUUAGCAUAAUUUGCUUUGAACGUGACUUGCAUCGUACCGUGAGCUUACCAUUUUAGCCUAUCUGCGCUAUAAAAGCUGCAACACCCGCUCUUUGUAGCUGCAGAACACAACUGAGUGCAUCGGAGGAAGCAACCGCACAACGCAUACUCGACGAGUAGUGCUCCCGUGUAGGAAAAGUGCGCAUUACUAUGGCGAAGGUGACGCUAGCGUUUCUAGUUUCGCUAGUAGCCUAUCUUGCCUAUCACGCUUUGGUCAGUGAGGCACAACCCAUUGGAUCCCUCGUGCUAACGUCUUCCGGUUCGGGACACUCCGCCGCCGGUUCCUCGUCUGCUGCCGAUGGUAGUGAUAACGAUCGGUUAGAUAAAGUGCAGCAUGCAUGGCUUACGGAUACAAAUGCUUACCGUGCUCGAACUAAAAGCCGGCAGUACGACCGAAAACAUCCGGGAACUAACGCCUAUCAAGCCUACCGACGAACGGCACCGUUUCCUGUACUUACGCUGAAGGAACAAGCCGCCAGUACGUCGGAACAAUUAUCCCCAGAGCCGUUGGAUCUUGGAAAGACUGACCAGCUACGGUUUAACUUCGCAGGAUAUCUUACCGACGGUGGGACACUGCUGGACGAAGAUGACGAGGAUGAUGCGGUCGGUGGUUUGGUGAAACGAUUCGACGACUACGGCCAUAUGCGGUUCGGGAAACGGGGUGGCGAAGGCGAUCAGUUCGAUGACUACGGGCACAUGCGGUUCGGAAGAUAGAAAGUAUUGAAAAGUAAAAAUCCAUGCACAGUAUCAUCAGAGGUGUUGGGGCUAGAAAGUUUUGUGUAAGUUGUUUGUAGUCGCACUUGUUUGGUACGGUUACUUACUUGCGAUUUCUGUUUUGGGGCGGCAAAUAAAGCUUCCAUGCGUGAAGUGAUAACA